AUGGGCGUAAGGUACGGGUCAUGUCCCGCGGUCGCCAUUAACGGAUUUGGCCGUAUCGGCAAGUGUUUACUUCGUUUGGCUGGUUCUAAAGACGUGAACGUGGUGGCUGUUAAUCAACCGUUUUUCGACAUCAAACAGAUAGCCAACUCUCUCAGGUACGAUACCGUACACGGUGCCUUUGACGGACAAGUAGAUGUGAAAGAGAAGUGUAUACUCGUAAACGGGAGAACCAUCACAGUAUUUCACGAAGCAAAUCCGGAGAACAUCAAAUGGAAAGACGCUGGAGUGGAUUAUGUGCUCGAGUCGUCCGGAGUUUUCACUACAGUGGAAGCGGCCAAGAAACACAUAACCGCAGGAGCCAAAAAGGUUGUGAUCACUGCACCUAGUAAAGACGCCCCCACUUUUGUCAGGGGAGUGAACUUUGACGAGUACAAAAAAUCCAUGGAGGUCGUGUCCAAUGCUUCAUGCACUACUAACUGCGCCGCCCCGUUGGUGAAGAUCUUGCACCAAAAGUUUGGCAUUCAGAGCGCUUUGCUCACGACCGUACACUCCAUGACCGCAACCCAGGACGUCCAUGAUGGGUUGAAGAAAAGAGCCGCCUCAUACAACAUCAUUCACGGCACGACAGGUGCCGCAAAGGCAGUGGCGCUUGUCAUGCCAGAACUCAAGGGGAAAAUCAACGGAGACGCUGCCAGAGUGCCCACCUUGGACGUAUCGCUUUUGAAGCUGUUUGUCAACGUUAAGGAAUCGGCGUGCGUGGAGGAUGUUAAAUGCGAGAUAAAAAAACAAGCGGAGUCUUGCAUGAAAGAAGUGGUGUUUUACCACGAAGAGAAGAGCGUCAGCUCGGAUUUCAUUGGCACUCAGUUUUCUUCAGUAGUCGAUGGCAACCAGAUCAACGUGGUUGACAAAUUCAUAUCGGUCGGCGCAUGGUACGACAACGAAGUGGGAUACGCCUGCCGAGUGUUGGAUCUCGUCAAACACAUCAUCAAAGAGGACAGAAAGUGUGGUUGA